GGCGCUCAUGGGGGUGGCGGGGCGGCUCUAGGAGCGGGGGCCUACCAAGCGCCCUAAGGAGCGACCCUGGUCUGGCCGUGAUCAUCAUGGCCCCUACGCUGUUCCAGAAGCUCUUCAGCAAGAGGAACGGGCUGGGCGCGCCCGGUCGGGACGCUCGAGACCCAGACUGCGCGUUCAGUUGGCCUUUGCCAGAGUUUGAUCCAAGCCAAAUUCGACUGAUUGUGUAUCAAGACUGUGAAAGACGGGGGAGAAAUGUCUUGUUUGACUCCAGUGUUAAGAGAAAAAAUGAGGACAUAUCAGUAUCGAAACUCUGUAGUGAUGCUCAAGUGAAAGUCUUUGGGAAAUGCUGCCAGCUGAAACCUGGAGGAGACAGUUCUUCCUCACUGGAUAGUUCUGUGACUUCAUCUUCUGAUGUGAAAGACCAGUGUCCUAAGUACCAAGGUUCUCGGUGCUCUUCUGAUGCCAAUAUGCUUGGAGAAAUGAUGUUUGGCUCGGUAGCAAUGAGCUACAAAGGAUCCACCUUAAAAAUUCAUCAGAUCCGAUCUCCUCCACAGCUUAUGCUUAGCAAAGUUUUUACUGCACGGACUGGCAGCAGUAUCUGUGGAAGUCUCAAUACGCUGCAAGACAGUCUUGAAUUCAUCAAUCAGGACAACAGUACAUUAAAGGCUGAUAGUAACACAGUUAUUAAUGGACUACUUGGAAAUAUAGUUCACAGCAAUCCAAUGGACAUGCCUGGAAGAGAGCUGAAUGAAGACAGAGACAGUGGCAUAGCACGCUCUGCAUCUCUCAGCAGCUUGCUUAUUACACCGUUUCCCUCUCCCAACUCCUCGCUUACCCGAAGUUGUGCCAGCAGUUAUCAGCGACGUUGGCGACGCAGCCAAACGACAAGUUUGGAGAAUGGGGUAUUUCCUAGAUGGUCUGUAGAAGAAAGCUUUAAUCUGUCAGAUGAAAGCUGUGGCCCUAACCCAGGAAUUGUGAGGAAAAAGAAGAUUGCAAUUGGGGUAAUCUUUUCAUUAUCCAAAGAUGAAGAUGAAAAUAACAAAUUUAAUGAAUUCUUUUUUUCACAUUUUCCUCUCUUUGAAAGCCACAUGAACAAACUAAAGAGUGCAAUAGAACAGGCUAUGAAAAUGAGCCGGAGAUCAGCUGAUGCCAGUCAGAGGAGUUUGGCAUAUAAUCGAAUAGUUGAUGCCCUAAAUGAAUUCAGAACAACAAUCUGUAACCUUUAUACAAUGCCACGAAUUGGAGAGCCUGUUUGGCUUACAAUGAUGUCGGGGACUCCAGAAAAGAACCAGCUUUGCCAUCGUUUCAUGAAGGAGUUCACAUUUCUAAUGGAAAAUGCUUCCAAAAAUCAAUUCUUGCCAGCACUCAUUACUGCAGUUCUGACCAAUCAUCUUGCCUGGGUUCCAACAGUCAUGCCAAAUGGACAACCACCUAUAAAAAUAUUUUUAGAAAAACAUUCCUCUCAGAGUGUGGACAUGUUGGCAAAGACUCAUCCAUAUAACCCACUUUGGGCACAACUAGGGGACUUGUAUGGCGCUAUUGGCUCUCCUGUACGGUUAGCAAGGACUGUAGUGGUUGGCAAACGACAAGACAUGGUCCAGAGGCUGCUUUAUUUUCUUACUUAUUUUAUAAGAUGCUCUGAACUUCAAGAAACCCAUCUUUUAGAAAAUGGAGAAGAUGAAGCCAUCGUUAUGCCAGGGACUGUAAUUACUACCACGUUAGAGAAAGGUGAAAUAGAAGAAUCCGAGUAUGUGCUUAUCACAAUGCACAGAAACAAAAGCAGUUUGCUCUUUAAAGACCCAGAAGAAACAAGGACUCCUAAUUGUAGCUGUAAAUAUUGCAGUCGUCCACUCCUGGGACAAAAUAUAGAGAAUGUUUCACAACAAGAGAGAGAAGAUAUUCAAAACAGCUCUCAGGAGCUGCUAGGAAUUUCGGAUGAGUGCCGGAUGAAUUCUCCCUCAGACUGCCAAGAAGAAAAUGCUGUUGAUGUUAAACAAUUCAGAGAUAAAUUAAGAACUUGCCUUGACACCAAGUUAGAGACAGUUGUUUGCACAGGAUCUGCUCCAGUAGACAAAUGUGCCUUGUCAAAAUCAGGCUUAGAGCCAGCGGAGGAAACAUGGCAUAGCGAGGAAUUGCUGGGUUCAGGUAAUCACACAGGCAAAGUGUUGAGAUCCACGGGAAUGGUUGUGGAAAAAAAACCUCCAGAUAAGCUUGUGACUGCUGCAUUUUCUUGUGAAGCAUCCCAGACAAAGGUUACUUUCUUAAUUGGAGAUUCUAUGUCACCUGACUCAGAUACUGAACUCCGGAGUCAGGCAGUGGUAGAUCAGAUUAUCAGGCACCACACCAAACCACUGAAGAAAGAAGGAGAGGCUGUUGUUGAUCAGCAGCAUCAAGAAACUAAACAAACAACUAAGGACCAAUCCGGAGAGUCUGAUAUACCAAACGUGAUUUCUGGAGAGCCCUGUGAACUUCCCUAUUGGAAUCAUUCAGACCUGGAAAGCAUGAGCUUAUUUGAUGAAUAUUUUAAUGAUGACUCAAUUGAAACCAGGACUAUUGAUGAUAUUAUUGCAGUUAAAACAAGCACAGACAGUAAAGAACACUGCUGUAUGUUAGAAUUUUCAAAAGGAUUGUGUACAACAAAUAGCAAACAGAACAGUGAAUUUUGUAAAUGUGUAGAAACAGUUCACCAAGAUUCAUGUAAAACCUGCUUUCCUCAGCAGGACCAAAGAGAUAAACUCUCCAUUCUUGUCCCCCAUGGGGAUAAAGAGAGUUCAGAGAGAAAAAUUGCUGUAGGAACUGACUGGGACAUUCCAAGGAAUGAAAGUUCAGACAGUGCCCUUGGGGAUAGUGAAAGUGAAGAUACAGGUCAUGAUAUGACUAGACAAGUCAGCAGUUACUAUGGAGGAGAGCAAGAAGACUGGGCAGAAGAAGAUGAGAUACCUUUUCCUGGGUCAAAGUUAAUUGAAGUGAGUGCUAUUCAGCCCAACAUUGCCAACUUCGGGAGGUCCUUGCUGGGCGGCUACUGCUCAUCCUAUGUGCCUGACUUUGUUCUCCAAGGAAUUGGAAGUGAUGAGAGAUUCCGUCAGUGUCUGGUAUCAGAUUUGAAUCAUGCUGUGCAGAUGAAUUCUUUUCAGCAUCCAGUGUUGGAUGAACCAAUAGCAGAAGCUGUCUGUAUUAUAGCAGAUAUGGAUAAAUGGACUGUUCAAGUGGCGAGUAGCCAGAGACGAAUGACAGAUAAUAAAUUGGGAAAGGAAGUAUUGGUUUCCAGUCUUGUUUCCAACCUGCUUCAUUCCACUCUUCAGCUUUAUAAACAUAACUUGUCUCCAAAUUUUUGUGUAAUGCAUCUCGAAGACCGAUUACAGGAGUUAUACUUCAAGAGCAAAAUGCUGUCUGAGUACCUGAGGGGACAGAUGCGCGUCCACGUCAAGGAGCUAGGAGUGGUUCUAGGGAUUGAAUCCAGUGAUCUUCCUCUCCUGGCUGCUGUAGCAAGCACUCAUUCUCCAUAUGUUGCUCAGAUACUCCUUUAACAUAAAGGUCGUUAGAAAUUAACUUUGGUAGAAAGUUAAAUAGAAACCCAGGAAGCAGUUGCAACAUGCAUUUUGUGGCGUUUUUUUUUUUCACUGUUAGACUUCCAUCUGAAUGAGUCAAAUGCCUCGGUCUCCUGCGUUGCAGUACAUAUUGUGUGAUCAUUGGAUUGCCUUUUCCUUUUGGCUGGGCUUUUGGGUGGUGGUGGUAUAUUUUUAACCAAGUGAAACUAAAACAGCAUAAAUAAUAUUUAGGGAAAGCAUUCGAAAAGGCCAAAGUAUAUAAAUUUCUACCAAAUGAAUAACAUCAAGGAAUUUCAUAUGAUUACUCCUGUGUUGCCACACUCAUAAAUAGCAAUGGUUUUCUCACAAUUAAAUGGCACAGAAAUAGUCAUUUAAUUAAUUUUAAUUCCUUAUUUCUAAGGUAUGGAGAUCUGUAAAAGCUUGAUUAUUUGUUCUCUUGUUUUUCAGUUCAAAAUAGUUAAUUUUAGGGUAUUUCUCAAACUAUUUUAAGCAGCCUGUUAAUUAUAAUAAUCCAGAAAAGUGAGUGUAAAUGUGUGUAUGUUAUCCAUUCAAGUGUACAUAUGUAUCUAUUUUUUAAAAAAAACAGAGGUAGAAAUACAAGAUUGAUUGGUAAACAUGUCUUUUUAAAAAAAUAUUUUCAACUAGUAUCAGUUGUAAAUAGUGUUGAAAUGCUACUUUCUGGUGAAUUUUUUGUUUCACACACCCUAAAAUAUAACUAACACCAAUCUUAUUUUUAAGGCUGAGGAAUGUAGAUUCCCAAAAUAAAAAUACUACUUUAUACCAUUUGCUUUGUUUGUAAGAAUAAGCUAAUUCUUAUAAAUGUUAAUAUUUACAUAUUUGCAUCCAAUUUAAUAAAUAAAAAUUAGGAUUAAAAAUUGCACCAAAGCAUUGGGAAAAAUAAUACUAUUUUCUUUAAAAGUGCUCAGGUAGCCAAGGCCUUUGCUUUCACUAUCAGCCCUUCUUGAACCCAUAGGAACUGAAUAUUUGUUUCACUGCUUCAAAAGAGUCAGUUUACAGUAAUAGGGCUCAUUAUCUCUUAAAAUUACUCUCUUUUCUCUAAUAGCCCCUCACUUCCAAAGUCUAAUUUUUAAAAAUAUUUUCACUUUCCAGUUGUUAAUUUUUUUGUAUAUAUUGUAGAGUGUUGCUUAUGAGAAAGGCUAAUAUGGAACCAAACUCUUGUAAGUAAUGUAAAUAGAAAGAUGGGUAGAUAAAGUUUUUGUUUAUGCUCUACUACCUCAGUUUACUUGAAUACUACAUUAUAGUUUAUUCUUCACUUACCUGAUCUAAGAUACUUUUAAUGAUAAAAGCGAAAUUGGUUUCUGCUUUCAUGAAGUACUUUCAUCACAGUUAAUUGAUUAGCUUAAAAAACUACUUGCUUAUUCUCUUACUAAAUACAACUGCUGUAUAAUACAUUCAUUGUUGUUUGAAUUUUCAGUAAUUAAGGAAGAUUUCUGUGGGUUGUUUAGUCUCUGGCCUUGAAUUUAUAAUAGUGUUGGGUCACAUUUUGCCUUGUUCUUUAUGUAUUCAAGAAAUCUCUAAUAGAAAAGAUAAGGUUAUUUUAAUGGAGUGUAAACCUGACAUUGUUGUGCCUGCAAUCACUCUUGCCCCUGUGUCCUGUCACCUGGUCCCGGUUAGUACCUGAGUCUCCCAUGGAUGACCUGCUGCCAAAGAGUAUUUAUAGAUUUGUUUUCUUUGGCUUAAUUUUCUUAUUCCAUUAAUUAUUGCAAUUAUUCCCUCUUUUCUUGUUUGCAAUUCUAUGAGUCAAUCUCUUUGGCAGAAUUCAGAAUAUAGACAGAUUCAUAUGUGGGCCACUGUACAUUAUUUUUUUCUUGUAGUUCAGUAAAAGGUGAAAGAUUUAUACGAUCUGAAGAGAAACCAGAGUAUUUUUUCUUGUAGUUCAGAAUGAUAUGUAGCAGCUAGAUAAUGUCUGGUUUUGCUUGUUUCCUUUUUUUGAUUAAUCAUCAAACGAUUCAUGGCCCUGUUUGGAAUCUCUAAUUGUCAUUUAGGAAAUCUAAUCUUCAGUAAAUGGAUGGCCCAUGCUACUACUGUUCCUUUUAAAACUAAGCUUUGCUCAGAAGGAAGAACCUAUAGUUUCUUAAUAGAAUCAUGAGUCCUUACAGGAUUCCUGAGUUUUAUAAUUCCUAAUCCUCUGUAAUUUCUAUUGCCUUCAUCAUAGUCAUGUUUUUCCUUACCCAAAGCCCAAGGAAUGAGCUGCUACUUCUUUAAAGUGCUAUCAUUAUGAUUAAUGUGAGAAGAGUUUUGGCCCGUUCAAAAUAAUUUUUUCAACCUCUUAUGGUACAGACAGUUAUGUGUUACAUAUUUUAAAAACCUGUUUAUUGCAAUAGGGAAUAAAAAAACCUGUUUAUUGGAACAGGAAGUGAAAAAGGGAUCUUUUAUAUUAUAAACUUAAAACUAAUUUUUCCUUGUAUAUAGACUAAUUGGUUUGAUUUGAAAUAUUUUUGGCUUUUAUUAAUAUGUCUUAAUUUUGAGUUUGAAAAUGUUAAGUGCAAUAAACAUACUAGCACAGAUUUCAUUUUGUUGCAAUUGGCAUACACUGGGGAUGAUCUCUUUAAAAAAAUUCUACACAAUGCCUAUUUCGGGUGGAUGUCUUAUGAGCUUGUUCUGCUUUCUCUUAAGUUAUUUCGAUGGUGGGAUAUGUAAAAUGUACAUACUUUUCCUUGUUCUGUAUACGUUUCUCAAAUGUACACCUGUAUUAUAAUAACCUCCCAGUUCUAGGGGAAAUUUGUGCAAUAAAUACACAUCAAUUUGAUGGA